AUGACAAAUUCAAGCUUGCUUUCGGGCAAAGGCGUGCUAUCCAUGUUGGACCAAGGUUCCUCUCACCAGGAAAAUUCAGACCCUGAGCAUCACAACAAACAUAACUCUAAGAAUGUCAGCACAUAUGGAAUCUCGACUGAAAUCGGCUUCGACGAAGUGAGAAACACGAUAGAAGAUCUCUACCAGAACAAGAACCACUCACUUUCUGAGGUGAGGGAGGAAAUGAAGAAAUAUGGCUUCAGAGCAAGUGAACGCGAGUACAAGGCCAAUUUAAAGUCCUGGGGGAUUGGGAAAAACGCAAGCAGGGCGGACUGGCUGUACUUCCUGAGGGUUCACCAGGAGCGCCUGGAUAGCGGCAUGAGCGAGACUUUCCUGCUCAUACACAACAAGAUUCGCCGGAUACAGGACGUUAGACGAUAUCUGAAGGGCCAUCGCGAAGAUGAAGCCGCCUUUCUCGCCGAGGCACUGGCAUCAGAAGUGCCCAAACCUGAAUACAUACACCUUUGUGAUGCAAACGGCGGCUUGAUCGAAACAACACCACGUCCCGUCCAUGACAUUACAGAAGUGGAGAUCAUUCAGCAAUCAAGUAUGUUGCCAGGAGACUGUUACUUGGGGCCACGAAUUGUCGAGGAACACCAGGCAUUCACGUCGGGUCGAACAUUUCAGGACUUGCUGGUACGUGGGUCGAGUGGAUCCAGUCCGGUUGAGGAUCUCGAAGUAGCAUCCUCCACCACGCUCUUGCCCCGUCUCGAUUCGGGGACUACCGUGUGCGACGACCAAAUCGAGAACUGGCACCACCAAAACGGUCUCAGCGAGACCGAGCAGCUGCAAUUUAUGGCUGGUCUUGACGCAGCGCCUGCAUACGGAGAGUCCCCGACUCGCGGUAACGAACAAGAGCAUGUGGCUCAGGCAUAUGCGACCGCGUGUAUGGGUGCAUGUAUGUACCAUGCCGCCGGCAGAAGAGAUGUUGGGCGGCAUUGUCUCCAGCAGGCCACCAUACACUUCAGCCAGAUGUGUUGCGGGGAAAGCCCGUUUAUCCUCAUCGCUGCUAGCAUGGUGCUGACUUGGAUGACGGUGCAUGCCGAGGGAAACAUCGCCACGAGCGUCAUGAGUGCCUGCUGGACCGCUGCAAAAGACGUUUUGGGCGCUCAGAACUCGAUCACAAAGCUCCUUGAGUGGAUGACAGCUGCAGCUGGCGGCGUUGAGAAGCUGAGAGCAUCUUCCGUCAAUGCGAAAACACUGCGGCAUGUAUGGCAGAGUUUUCUUCAUCGUCUCGGAGAAGCUCAUGGACAUACGAUUGUGGGUUUAUACUGUCUUAGUUUCCAGCUGAUUCUUGCAGACAAGCUGUUUGUUGAAGCAGAGGAAUAUCUCCAGGGACUAUCCUCGACCUCGAUCAAGAGCCUCGGGCUGGAUCAUUUGCAAACCAUCAUAAUUCUGGCCACAUUGAGCAGAGCACAAUAUCGACAAAGGAAAUUUUCAUCGGCUCUAGAGACCAUCGACAGGAGCCUUGCCGCUUGUCCUUUGGGAGAAUACCAUCCGCAUCGACUGGAGAUGCUGAUCCGGAAAGCUCUCAUCCUUAAAAACGUCGGCCGGCUUGACGAAACUGAGAAGAUAUACUGGUUAGUGGCCGAGGCGCGUGCAGCAACAUUGGGAAUGCACCACAGGGCGACUAUCGCGGCUCAUGGGAGUUUGGUAGAUGUCCUCAAAAUGACCGGCGCCUGGGAGGAAAAGAAGCUUGAAGCACACAGGCUCGUCACAAAUCCGCAAUUGAUGGUCUCCGAGUAUGAGAGCACUUGGAGGCGCAUUGUUGAGGCCAACAGGCCCUACAAUGACAACGGUUCAAGCGAUGAGGAGUAG